AUGGACAAAGCUGGCUGUGAAUAUUAUGCAUUAUGUAAUGAUACCUGCCAACUACAAAGAUAUGUUGGGAAUUGUACUACUACAACUGUCAGCACAACAUCUUCAACAGAGACCUCAUCAACAACUGCAGGUCCCACGCCAACUACAACUUGUCUUAUGUGGAUGCCUACUGAAUCACACACUACACCAGACUCAAAAUCAUCAACAGUUUCAUCAUAUUUAGAAUCAUCUUCAACUUCUCCACAUUUUAAAAUAGGGUCAAGUCCCACACCAGAUACAGGUGUAUCAUCUACACCUGGUAGUGACAUACACUCCACAAAAAUAACACUUUCAACAUCAUCCACACCUGAUUUCUCUACCAGUGUGUCACCCCCACCUGAUGUGUCAAGCUCCAAAUCAAGUUUUGUAUCAUCUACACCUGGAUCAAGUGAUACACACUCAACAGUAUCAAGCUCAGUAUCCUCCACGCCUGAUUCAAGAAAAGAUCUAUCUACCAGUGUUUCAUCUCCACCUGAUGUAUCAAGUACCAAAUCAAGUUCUGUGUCAUCUACACCUGGAUCAAGUGAUACACACUCAACAGUAUCAAGCUCAGUAUCCUCCACGCCUGAUUCAAGAAAAGAUCUAUCUACCAGUGUUUCAUCUCCACCUGAUGUAUCAAGUACCAAAUCAAGUUCUGUGUCAUCUACACCUGGAUCAAGUGACACACACUCAACAGUAUCAAGCUCAGUAUCCUCCACGCCUGAUUCAAGAAAAGAUCUAUCUACCAGUGUUUCAUCUCCACCUGAUGUAUCAAGUACCAAAUCAAGUUCUGUGUCAUCUACACCUGGAUCAAGUGACACACACUCAACAGUAUCAAGCUCAGUAUCCUCCACGCCUGAUUCAAGAAAAGAUCUAUCUACCAGUGUGUCAUCUCCACCUGAUGUAUCAAGUACCAAAUCAAGUUCUGUAUCAUCUACACCUGGAUCAAGUGACACACACCCCUCUACACCUGAUUCAAGACACAGUCUCUCUACCAUAUCAGCUCCUCCAUCUUUUACAUCAAUUUCAGUACCUGGGAGUACACCAAAUGAAUGCCAGUGCUUCAUGCCAAACUGCUCAAUAGGCUUCCGCGUGGCUGCUGUGAAAUCACAUAUUAAUUCCUGUCCUAAUGUUACAUGUGUGCCUGAUGCAGUCUGUGUGUAUGGAACUGAAACAUACCAGGUUGGAUCAGAUAUCCCACAACCUGUAGAUUCUUGUCAAACAUGUGAAUGUUCUCAAGAAAUGGACACAAGAUCAGAAUUCUAUAUAGUGAAAUGCAAACCAACUGUUUGUGACACAACCUGUAGUACAGGUUAUGAAUACAAAAUGAAGGCAGGCGAAUGCUGUGGAGAAUGUGUGCGUACCCCGUUAAAAUGUACCAUGAUGGUCAAUUAUGACCCAAAUGGAAACACAGGAUACACAGGAGGCACCGGAAAUACAGGAGGCACUGGUAGUUCUGGAAGCACUGGUGGUACAGGAGGCACUGGAGAUUCAGGAAGCACUGGAGGCACAGGAGGCUCAGGAAGCACAGGAACCUCAGGAGACUCAGGAAGCACAGGAACAUCAGGAGACUCAGGAAGCACAGGAACUUCAGGAGGCUCAGAAAGCACAGGAACCUCAGGAGGCUCAGGAAGCACAGGAACUUCAGGAGGCUCAGAAAGCACAGGAACCUCAGAAGGCACAGGAAUAACUGGCAGCUCAGGAGACACAGGAAGUGCAGGAAACUCAGGAGUCACAGGAAGUGCAGGUGCCUCAGGUGACACAGGAAGUGCAGGAGGCUCAGGAGUCACAGGAAGUGCAGGUGCCUCAGGAGAUACAGGAAGUGCAGGAGGCUCAGAAGACACAGGAAGUGCAGGAGGCUCAGGAGAUGCAGGAAGCACAGGAGGCUCAGGAGGCACAGGAAGCACAGGAGGCUCAGGAAGUUCAGGAAUGACUGGAGGCUCAGGAGACACAGGAACCUCAGGAGGCACAGGAUCAGGAACCUCUGGAGGCACAGGAACAUCAGGAGGAACUGGAAACACAGUAAUAGACUUAGAGAUUGGACAAAUAUUUCACAUACCUAAUAAUACUUGCGCCUAUUAUGAGUGCAGAGAAGAAAAUGGCAUGGCUAUUCUUACCCGGGUGGAGAAGGUUUGUCAGCCAUUGGAUACCUCCAUAUGUGAUAUGAGUACUCUCACAUAUGAUGCUGACAAUUGCUGUAGAAUAUGCACACCUAAAAAACAAUUCAUAGUAACACCACCCCCAACGAUAAUAGAAGACUGCAGUGUACGUAAGAAUGUCACAGUCCUGAAAGAAAGCGACUGCGUGCUCGAGGUGGAACUGUCUUACUGUGGAGGACCCUGCAUGGGAUCUUCAAUGUAUUCAAUGGAAUCCAACAGUUUUGACCAUACAUGCUCAUGCUGUACAGAGAUGGAGUUUGUAACAAAGAAAGUGGACCUGAUUUGUGCUGACGGGACAAACAAGAACUAUGAAUACACCGAUGUGUUGAGUUGUGGCUGCGCAGGAGCAUUUUGUACUCCCACAGUAUAAAUCUUACCAAACGAAUAACCAAUCUGUGGAAACCUCAACAGAGUUUAUGCACUGCAGGUUAAGAUUCUCCAAAAAAAGAGCAGCGACUGCAACUUAGAAAUAAAUUGUGUAAAGCCCAUAUAAUCUAUACCUUUUUAUUAUUUGUGAUUUUAGAACGUUAGAGAGUGCCAAUCAUUCUGGGGAUAUGUAAUAAAGCACCCCCCCCCUCUAAAAUAGUCUUACCAGACUUUGCUGCUUAGAAUCUUGACUGUACUGCUCUUUUAAGCUAAAAUGUAAUGCAUUGUCUUUUGUAAAUGUCAAAAUAAAUAAAGUUUAGAUUGCAAAUAAA